ACCAUGUCUGUCAAACUUCAACAACAAAAAACUAAGGAUGCUCCACCCCCCCCUCAGACAGCCGAGAGAGUAGAAAUGGCGAUGCUAGGAUCUUUUAGCUCAGCACAGCAGAAGAAAAAUGUUUCUGGCGGCGACAGGGACGGGACAGAGUUCGUCUGUCCGGUUUGUCUCGAGAUUUUCGAUAGCCCUGUCACAACACAAUGUGGACAUACGUAAGUAUCUUUACACAAAUAUAUACUUGUUUGUCUGUAAACGUAGCUAGCUAGACAUCAUCCAAGUUCAAGCUAAACUGCCUGACGUUAACCAGCAAGAUACCUGUGUUGUGAGCUGGCUAGCUAAGGGAUUGAACAUGUAACGUUAUGUGAUCCGGCAAGCUAACUACUGACAGGAAAUCAUAUUUAACUUGCCAUUUCCUUUGGCUUUCAAUGUUAUAUGUUGGUAAUAUAUUUGCAAGUUCAUAAAUAUAUGCUUUACUUUCAGUUUUGUUUACGUCAAGAAAUGGGCUUCAAUGAAUUGUGGCGUUUGUAGUUAAAUUAUGUAAGAAAUGCAUUCUGUAGAUUUGUAAAGAACUACAAAACCCAAAGUCCCCAGAGGACAGGUCUUUCGUUUGUAUCACGAAUAGAAUUGAUCAAUUAAACAAACCAGUUCUACUCGUACCGUCGUCUAAUUUCACAAAGUAAAGUAAGCAAUUGUCAGUGAUGAACAUAGUGGUUCAAAAAUCUGUAUUGUUGUUUUGUCAUACCAGACGUUUCACUUUCGUUUUCCUGCUGCAAUACGAUGGCUAUAUGUUUGCUUUCAUUUUAGCCUAUGAAUGAGUUACAUCUCUAUCUCCUUUCCCUUCUCUCCCGCCACCCUUAGGUUUUGUCAAAGUUGUCUGCAGGAGUGCCUGCGACCCCAGAAGCCAGUGUGUGCCGUUUGUAGGGCAACACUGGGCCACUGGGCCAAAGCCACUGAUCUAGAGGACCUCAUACACACCUCAAUGGCGGCCUGCAAGGGCUGUGGAGCACAGGUGUGUGUGUGUGUGUAUAGCAGUUUGUAAAACAAUGUGAAUAGUCAAAGGAAUUAAGAUUAGUGAGUGAAUUAUCUAUUGUACAUGUGCUUAAAUCUACCUAUGUUUUUGAAUAAAGUGCACUACCAUUAGCAUUGAUGCCUUGUGUUUUAUCGACUCUCAGGUGGGCCUGUCCCAGAUGAGAGGCCACACGGCAGCGUGCUCCAAGUACCAGGAGUAUAUUGAGGAGGGGGUCAGGACCACUGCCCAGACCCAGCCUAACAUUAUUGGGUGAGACAUGGAGGGUGGUGGUACAGCAGCUUUGAUAUGCUGUGCAAUUAUCCAUAUGUGGUUAUAGUGUAAUAUUCUCUGCCUCUCUCCAUAUGUAUUGAUGAUCAACCCAUCUUUAUAGGUUCUCAACUUUGUAAUGGCUCUCAAUAUUCUAACGUCUUUAUUGACUGGUGGCUUUGACUUUUGCAUAAACGCUGUGUUUGGGUUUCAUGGGAAUGACACAAACCCAGAGGGAUCAUGGUUAUAUAAUACAUACAAAAGAGGCACUACCUAAACAUAUCAUCAUUCCACUUCCCCUCUGUCUCCCCAGCCCUGUGCCGAACCGCUUCACUUUCUCCUGCCCCUACUGUAACUGCCAGAACCUGGACCAGGACGGCCUGGUGGAGCACUGCACUUCCCAGCAUGCCCGGGACACGCGCCACGUGGUAAGGGGUCUUCAGUGAAUCAUGACCCACCUCACAAUUGGCUUCCCUCAAGCAUUCAUUCAUUGUGUGAAACGUGAGGACAAAGAUUGUCUGUUACUGUUAAUGCAUGCCUCAGCCAUGGGUGUAACAUGAGAUAUGGUUGCAAAGAGAGCGAGGGAGAGAAUAAGCAUGCGCUUGACAGAAAGUCAAGAGUGAGGGAAAAGGUAAAGGAAAGGAUGGAAGAGGAGAAAUUAAAUGGGGAUUUGUAAAAUUGGGCGCUCAGGGCCCUGUGAGAGUGUGAAAGAGUCUGUUACGCCGCUCCACUGUUCUCAUCCAUCUGCCACAGUGUUAUGGUCAUAGAUAGCGGCUUCCAAAAAACAUGGAGAAGGGAUGUGGUGGAGGUUGGGGGGGCAUGAGAAUGUCUAUGUGUGUGACAGUGUUUACGUUAGCCGGUAAUUUACAGCUUUUGGCUGAUAAAAAUACAUAAACUUGCAAAUGUGUCAACUGGUACCGGCCCGUAUUUGUAUAUAUCAAUGUUAUAUCGGAGGGGGGGGGGGGGGUAAUGCAACUGAUAUAGAUUUUCCAAAUCUGUGCCAACUAUGACAUGUUUCUUGAUGAGUCUCCCUAAAAGAGAAUUAUACAGAAAGCCCACCAAGGAGGAGUAUUUGGGUGAAGUAUACAUCUUGCUUCUCCUUAUCCUCUAAUACAGGGGUUUCCAAAAGGUUGCUCUUGCAAGAAUGGGGCAAUGUAGGAGUUGAGAACAGCUGGUUCCCUCUGAGCCACCUUGUUAUGCAUUUUGUCCCAUCUUCAGGGUUAAUCGUCUUGGGUUGAUUUGAACCAGGAAUCUGUACAGCCAUAUACAGUGGAUUCGUAAAGUAUUCAGACCCCUUGACUUGUUCCACAAUUUGUUACGUUACAGUCUUUUUAUUUUAUUUUAUUUCACCUUUAUUUAACCAGGUAAGCCAGUUGAGAACAGGUUCUCAUUUACAACUGCGACCUGGCCAAGAUAAAGCAAAGCAGUGCAAUAAAAACAACACAGAGUUACAUAUGGGGUAAAAAACAUAGUCAAAAAUACAACAGAAAAUAUAUAUACAGUGUGUGCAAAUGUAGCAAGUUAUGGAGGUAAGGCAAUAAAUAGGCUAUAGUGCAAAAUAAUUACAAUAGUAUUAACACUGGAAUGCUAGAUGUGCAAGAGAUUAUGUGCAAAUAUUCUAAAAUUGAUUAAAUCGUUGUUGUUUUUUAAUUUGACCUUUUUAUUUGACUAGGCAAGUCAGUUAAGAACAAAUUCUUAUUUUCAAUGACGGCCUACACAGGCCAAACCCGGACGACGCUGGGCCAAUUGUGUGCCGCCAUAUGGAACUCCCAAUCACGGCCGGUUGUGAUACAGCCUGGAAUCAAACCAGGGUGUCUGUAGUGACGCCUCAAGCACUGAGUUGCUGUGCCUUAGACCGCUGCGCCACUCGGGAGCCCUCAUCAAUAUACACACUACCCAAUAAUGACAAAGGAAAAUGUAUACUUUUUUAAAACGGAAAUAUCACAUUUACGUAAGUAUUCAGACCCUUUACUUAGUAUUUUGUUGAAGUACCUUUGGCAGCGAUUACAGCCUCGAGUCUUCUUGGGUAUGACGCUACAAGCUUGGCACACCAGUAUUUGGGGCGUUUCUCCCAUUCUUCUCUGCAGAUCCUCUCAAGGUCUGUCAGGGACGAGGACGAAGGUGUUUAGCUUGUCUGGAAGCGAAACGUCGGUGUCGGCGACGUGGCUGGUUUUCCUUUUGUAGUCCGUGAUUGUCUGUAGACCCUGCCACAUACUUCUCGUGUCUGAGCCUUUGAAUUGCAACUCCACUGUCUCUAUACUGAUGUUUUGCCAGUUGAAUUGCCUUGCGGACUGAGUAGCUACACUGUUUGUAUUCUGCCAUAUUCCCAGUCACCUUGCCAUGGUUAAAUGCGGUGGUUCGCACUUUUAGUUUUGUGCGAAUGCUGCCAUCUUUCCACAGUUUCUGGUUAGGGUAGGUUUUAAUAGUCACAGUUGGCACAACAUCACCUAUACACUUCCUGAUAAACUCAGUCACCGUUUCAGUGUAUUCGUCUAAAUUAUUUUUGCAAGCUACCCAGAACAUAUCCCAGUCCACGUGAUCAAAACAAUCUUGAAGUGUGGAUUCCGAUUGGUCAGACCAGUGUUGAAUAGUCCUUAGCACGGGUACUUCCUGUUUGAGUUUCUGCCUAUUGGAAGGGAGGAGCAAAAUGGAGUCGUGGUCAGAUUUGCCGAAAGGAGGGUGGGGGAGGGCCGUAUAACCAUCCCGGAAGUUCGAAUACCAAUGGUCGAGGUUUUUAGCAGCGCGAGUACAACAGUCGAUAUGUUGAUAGAACUUCGGCAGCCUAGUCCUUAAAUUUGCUUUGUUAAAAUCUCCAGCUACAAUAAAUGAUAUGUGGUUUCCAGUUUGCAUAAAGUCCAGUGAAGUUCUUUGAGGCUGUAAAAUAACAAAAUGUGGAAAAAGUCAAGGGGUCUGAAUACUUAAAGAAAGCACUGCAUAUAAUAUAGUCUAUUAAAUCAGUUUAGGCAUUGAACAAAUGCAAAUAAGAUAACUAAUUAAACAUUGCUAUAACCUACACAGUACCACAUAUUAUUUUACCAGACACAACAUUUCUUUCUUUCUCUGCCACCAAAUGUGACCAACCACCUCGAUUCGGUGAAAUUGUGUUUUUUUACAUUGGAUGAAAGUAGCGAUUCAGAGCUAGAAAAUUGUAUAUCAUACACUGCAGUUGAGGAACAAUGGGAAAGUAAUUCUGCUUUAAAAAUUGAUAAAUUUGUAAUCCAAAUUUUGAGAAAAUGAUCCUUGAAUGUUUUGGUACACCUACUGGAGAGCUCUUCGGUCUACACCCAUUCAGCAUCAUUCACACCCUCUUAAGCCUUAGCCCCACCAAUCUCUUUAAGGAUUCACAUGUGAGGUCAUGUGCUAAACAGAGUAGUUUAGUAAAUAACCAAAGAUUUCAAGACUAAAAGUAGUAGCCUACAAUAAGGAAUAACUCCAGGUUAAAAUACUCUGCUCCUUGGCCUAUAUCCUAAUCUGACUUUGGUGCAGGUCAUGUUGUUCUUCACAUUACCGUCUCUGGUAAACACACAGUAUAUUAAAUACAAUUUACGUUUAUUUGUCAAAUGCACAGGAUACAGAAGGUGUGAACGGUACAGUGAAAUGGUUAAUAUCAAAAACCAGAAAGUGUCCAGAUUAUAAAAUAUUUGUAUUAUUAGAUGACGCUUACCCGACACAUUUGUCUAAAUUGAUGGGUAAUGUGAAGGAAAUGCUAUAACCACCCACCAGCCACAUCCAGUUAAGUGGAUGGGUCACUGUUGUCUAGACAUGAAAUACAAUAGAUAGCCGUAUCCCCCCCCCCCAGACACACCUGGCUAACUUGAUGCGUCAUGUAAUUCUCUGGCGAAGUGAAGUCUUUUGUUUAGACAUGUAGGUAGGUAGCUACAGUGGGGAAAAAAAGUAUUUAGUCAGCCACCAAUUGUGCAAGUUCUCCCACUUAAAAAGAUGAGAGAGGCCUGUAAUUUUCAUCAUAGGUACACGUCAACUAUGACAGACAAAUUGAGAAAAAAAAAUCCAGAAAAUCACAUUGUAGGAUUUUUAAUGAAUUUAUUUGCAAAUUAUGGUGGAAAAUAAGUAUUUGGUCACCUACAAACAAGCAAGAUUUCUGGCUCUCACAGACCUCUAACUUAUUAUUUAAGAGGCUCCUCUGUCCUCCACUCGUCACCUGUAUUAAUGGCACCUGUUUGAACUUGUUAUCAGUAUAAAAGACACCUGUCCACAACCUCAAACAGUCACACUCCAAACUCCACUAUGGCCAAGACCAAAGAGCUGUCAAAGGACACCAGAAACAAAAUUGUAGACCUGCACCAGGCUGGGAAGACUGAAUCUGCAAUAGGUAAGCAGCUUGGUUUGAAGAAAUCAACUGUGGGAGCAAUUAUUAGGAAAUGGAAGACAUACAAGACCACUGAUAAUCUCCCUCGAUCUGGGGCUCCACGCAAGAUCUCACCCCGUGGGGUCAAAAUGAUCACAAGAACGGUGAGCAAAAAUCCCAGAACCACACGGGGGGACCUAGUGAAUGACCUGCAGAGAGCUGGGACCAAAGUAACAAAGCCUACCAUCAGUAACACACUACGCCGCCAGGGACUAAAACCCUGCAGUGCCAGACGUGUCCCCCUGCUUAAGCCAGUACAUGUCCAGGCCCGUCUGAAGUUUGCUAGAGUGCAUUUGGAUGAUCCAGAAGAGGUAUGGGAGAAUGUCAUAUGGUCAGAUGAAACCAAAAUAGAACUUUUUGGUAAAAACUCAACUCGUCGUGUUUGGAGGACAAAGAAUGCUGAGUUGCAUCCAAAGAACACCAUACCUACUGUGAAGCAUGGGGGUGGAAACAUCAUGCUUUGGGGCUGUUUUUCUGCAAAGGGACCAGGACGACUGAUCCGUGUAAAGGAAAGAAUGAAUGGGGCCAUGUAUCGUGAGAUUUUGAGUGAAAACCUCCUUCCAUCAGCAAGGGCAUUGAAGAUGAAACGUGGCUGGGUCUUUCAGCAUGACAAUGAUCCCAAACACACCGCCCGGGCAAUGAAGGAGUGGCUUCGUAAGAAGCAUUUCAAGGUCCUGGAGUGGCCUAGCCAGUCUCCAGAUCUCAACCCCAUAGAACAUUUUGGAGGGAGUUGAAAGUCCGUGUUGCCCAGCGACAGCCCCAAAACAUCACUGCUCUAGAGGAGAUCUGCAUGGAGGAAUGGGCCAAAAUACCAGCAACAGUGUGUGAAAACCUUGUGAAGACUUACAGAAAACGUUUGACCUGUGUCAUUGCCAACAAAGGGUAUAUAACAAAGUAUUGAGAAACUUUUGUUAUUGACCAAAUACUUAUUUUCCACCAUAAUUUGCAAAUAAAUUCAUUAAAAAUCCUACAAUGUGAUUUUCUGGAAAUUCUUUUCUCAUUUUGUCUGUCAUAGUUGACGUGUACCUAUGAUGAAAAUUACAGGCCUCUCUCAUCUUUUUAAGUGGGAGAACUUGCACAAUUGGUGGCUGACUAAAUACUUUUUUCCCCCACUGUAAAUCAGAUUAUUUCACAUGGGGGAGAUGUGGGAAGCUAAUAGGCUAGGGGGCUUGCUGUUUUUAGCCAACAAGCUAGUGGAGGAGCCUACAGCCAUAUAAUGUGGUAAUGUCAAACAAACCUAGUGCCCCCUUGUGUAUGUUGCUAUUCGGGGGUCUAGGAACACAUGGACUGUGGAGAGUAUCAUGUUACACAAUGUGCGCGUUGCUCCAAAAAAUGUCUCCACCCCAAGAACAGGCGUAGUUCUACUCACCUUUAGCUUUCAUGGGACCUCAUUCGAAAGGGUUUCUAUUAGAUAAAGCCAGUAAAAAUAUGGCUGGACAUUUGACAGUGUGAGUGUGCAUGUCUAUUGCUGCUUUGUUAUAUGAUACUUGUGAAGGCAAGCUAAAGGCCCAUCUGUGUCCAGAGAUUAACAAAUAAGUUAUAUUUUGUUGUCUUGCAGGUGUGUCCUAUCUGUGCCUCUAUGCCUUGGGGAGACCCUAACUACAGGAGCGCUGACUUCUUCCAGCACCUCAAGAUUAGACACACCUUCUCUUAUGACACCUUUGUGGUAAGUGGGACUUAAGACACAAUGGCCACAAUUCAGUUAUUGUACUCUGGACCUCUUUCUUUUUUUUCUUUUUUUCUGUCUUAUUUAUUAAUGCCUUGCUUUUCUUUCUCUCCAGGACUACGCCACAGACGAACACACUAUGAUCCAGGAGGCUCUACAACGCUCCCUCAUGGAGAACUGAGGUGGUGUCUGUCUUGAGGAGGGAGGGAAGGUGGAUUUGAGGGAAAAUAAAAUUGCACUGCACCAUCCUUGUACCGGGCUAUUGGUGUAACCAUGGUAAAAAAAUCAUAUUAAGGGUGGGUAGCAACUUCCUGACUGCAUAACCAGGAAGCUUUGAGGUCUACCAAGCAACUUCUCUUAUCACUUUACAAUUAUCAUUCAAACAUAAAUAUACCAAUACAAGUUAAACAAACACUUAAUGUGCUUUCUGGUGUAGAAGUGGAGUGAUGUCCCUGUAUCUCUCUCCAAAGAAGUGUUGUAUUGUUAGAUCGUUCAUAAUUCUGCCGAAUCAUUAUUAUUUGAUCUGUCCAUUGUUACCAUUGUCAUAUAGGCCUACUUCCAAAGUUGUUUGUUUGCUACUGUUGUUGUUAUGACUUGAUUCUGCAAUAAGAGGCUUAGACCACUAGGUGGCUACCCUUUGCCAACAAAAUGGGAUGAUACCAUAGAGAUAGAUAGAGGACUC